AGACAGGGCGCGGCCUGGGUGUCCUUGUACCGGUUCCAGCCCCAGACUGGCGGCGGGGACACAAGAGAAGCAUGGGUCGGCCGUAUGUUUGCGUCCUGGCCCUGGCGGCUGUGCUGCUCCUAGUUUUUGCUACCGUCUCCAGGUCGAAAGGCCUGAGGGGCAGGGAGCAUCAGGAGACGUCGCGAAUCCCUUCUCAGUUCAGCGAAGAGGAGCGCGUUGCGAUCAAAGAGGCGCUGAAAGGUGCCAUCCAGAUCCCAACGGUGUCUCUCAGCCAGGAGGAGUACAAUACUACAGCCCUGGCUGAGUUUGGAGAAUACAUUCAUAAAGUCUUUCCUACAGUAUUCAGCACCAGCUUUAUCCAGCAUGAAACUGUGGGAAGCUACAGCCACCUGUUCACUGUCCAAGGCUCAGAUGCCAGCUUGCAGCCCUACAUGCUGUUGGCUCACUUUGAUGUGGUACCUGCCUCUAAAGAGGGCUGGGAAGUGCCCCCGUUCUCUGGACUUGAGCGUGAAGGCUUUAUCCAUGGUCGGGGAACCCUGGACAACAAGAACUCUGUGAUGGCAAUCCUGCAUGCCUUGGAGCUCCUGCUGAUCAGAAACUACAUCCCCCGAAGGUCUUUCUUCAUUUCUCUGGGCCAUGAUGAAGAGUUGUCAGGUAUGAAUGGGGCUCAAAAGAUCUCAGCCCUGCUACAGGCAAGGGGCAUCCAGCUAGCCUUCAUCGUGGACGAGGGUAGCUUUAUCUUGAAUGGUUUCAUUCCAAACAUCAAGAAACCUUUUGCCAUGAUUUCAGUCUCAGAGAAGGGUGCAAUUAACCUCAUGCUGCAAGUAAACAUGACUCCAGGCCACUCUUCUGCUCCUCCAAAGGAGACAAGCAUUGGCAUCAUCGCAGCUGCUAUCAGCCGACUGGAGCAGACACCAAUGCCUAACAUGUUUGGAAGCGGACCACUGGAGAUGGCAGUGCAGCAACUGGCAAGUGAGUUUCCCUUCCCUGCCAAUAUAGUCUUGAGCAACCUGUGGCUAUUUCGACCCCUGGUAAGAAGGUUAAUGGAGAGAAAUUAUAUAAUGAAUGCACUGAUCAGGACCACUGUGGCACCCACCAUGUUCAAUGCAGGGGUCAAGGUGAAUGUCAUCCCCCCAGUGGCCCAGGCCACAGUCAACUUCCGGAUUCACCCUGCACAGACAGUCCAAGAGGUCCUAGAAUUCGUCAAGAAUGUUGUGGCUGAUGACCGAGUCCAGUUCCACGUGUUGAAUGCCUUUGACCCCCUGCCCAUCAGUCCCUUUGAUGACCAAGCCUUGGGUUACCAGCUGCUCCGCCAGACCAUACAGUCUGUCUUCCCGGAAGUCAGUAUUGUCACCCCAGGUUUUUGUAUCGGUAACACAGACAGCCGACACUUUACAAACCUCACCACUGACAUCUACCGGUUCAACCCCGUCAACCUGCACCCUGAGGGCUUCAAGAGCAUCCAUGGAAUCAAUGAGAAAAUAUCAGUCCAAGACUACGAGACUCAAGUGAAAUUCAUCUUUGAGUUGAUCCAGAAUGCUGACAUAGAUGGGCGCCCAGUCCCUCACCUGCAUGAACUGUGAGGUCAAGGAGCAGCUGGGUUAGGUGUGCAACCCUGGGCCAGGAUUAUCUCAAGGGGGAUAGCUGAGGGUUGGGGGUGCACCAAUGAUGAUGAAACUUUUGGUCAAAGCCACAUCAUGAUUCAUUUCCCAGCUGCCUUGCUCACUUCUAUUUAUUUUUUCAUUUUUAAAAUUUAUUUUAUUUAUUUUAUUUUAUUUUUUUUUUUUUUGGAGACAGAGUGUCACUUUGUCACCCUUUGCUAGAUUGCCCUCGCAUCAUAGCCCACAACAACCUACAACUCUUGGGCUCAAGCGAUUCUCUUGCCUCAGCCUCCUAAGUAGCUGGGACUACAGGCACCUGCCACAAUGCCUGGCUAUUUUUAGAGAUGGGGUCUUGGUCUUGCUCAGGUUGGUCUCAAACCUGUGAGCUCAGGGCAAUCCACCUGCCUCAGCCUCCCAGAGUGCUACCUUGCCCACUUCUAAAUUCACCCAAUAACAAUGCCGAGGGUACAGUAGUCAGCAGAAAUCUGGCUUCUCCAUUCCUACUAACAUCUACUUCCCUUGAGAAUUGGGCAUUUACUGCCUUCUUGUCCCUUGUAUGUCUUAUGCUGGUUGUUUCACUGAUCCAGCCUCCAGGCCUAACUUAAAUGCAGACUUGAAAAAUCUCAGCCAGGUUUUACCUAAUAGGAGUGUUUAAUUUAGGGCACUCUUGCUGGGAGGCCUUCUCCAGGGCUUAUAUAUUUCUUCUUGCUAGAACUUCCUUUUUCCUUUUCUUCUCUCUUCUUGGACUUGUGAGCUGCCCCUUCAUCUCUCCUCUCCUAGCCCCUUAUCUCUCCCACUACCCUCUAAUUUAUUCUACAUCCAGAGCCGGACUUAAACCAUGAUCCUACAUAUUGCCACUAAAAUUGGUCAAAUAAAGUUUCCAUCUCCAGUGGUCACUGAGGAGUAAAACUGAGGUGGGGGCUUUGAAGGAACCCAAGAUCCCCUGGUUCCAGAGGCCAGAGACUGUCCUUGGGCUUCCUCUCAAGGGCUCCCUGGGCUUUGUUCCCUCCCCUGCCCUGUUCCGGCCACCUGCUGCUGCUGUCUCACCCCAGGAGGUGCUAAUCUGUGGAAACAUUUCCCUGGCACAUCCUAUGGGCUGAGCUUCUAAGUGAAGGGUAUUCAUGACCCAGCCUCCCAAUAGAGCCCAGGACCAACAAGGCCCUGGCAUCAUGUCCUGGUUCAGACUGAUCAAGGGGAAGUGGAGGGCAUGGGGUGGGGAGGUUGGGGGCAGGUGGUACAAGCUAUCCUCCAUUAGGGGACAGCAGAGCUCCUGACUUUUUUCUCUGGCCAACCCUGAGCAUAUUUGAAUCUGCUCAGUAGCUGCCAGGUGGGGGGCAUUGGAAGGCAGCAUUUCUUGGCUCAAAGCUAGGAGCUGUGCUUUGUGGAUCACAAGGAAGUCUGGGUCACAUGGAGCUGGGACUUGAGACUCCCCGCUUCUUUCCUCACCAGACAAGGACCUUCCAUGCCUUGCUGGGUUCUGACAGCAGUGGGCUCCCUCUCCUCACAAGCCUCCUGCCCUUCAUACCCCAAUUUCUCACCUCUCUCCUGGGGAUAGGAGCUGUUCCUUGGAGCUUGGGCCUGACGGAAAGUGUUAGAAACACAGUGUGGAAAUUAUUCAAGCUUUUUUGCUACUCCCCAAGAGACUCACAUUCCUUUCCUUGCCUUCCCUUUUUUUGGCCAAUUCAGUACUUACUCAGCCUUCGUUAGAGGGCGAGCUGAAAAACAAAAAUAAUCCUUCACAUUUGUAUAGAACUGUGCAGAGUGCUUUCAUAUACCUUAUCUCAGCAGAGCCCCACAAGAACCCUGUGAAGAAGAUAUCAUUAUCCCUUAUUACAGGGAAGGAAUUGGUUCUAGAGAGGUUACAAUCUAGCUGGAGGCAUUCAGCUCAAAUCCAUGUCAUUUGGCCCCAAACACACUGUUACUCUGUGACUGUAAACUACUAAUGGAAUCUACUUCCCAUUAAUUGUCUUAUUUAAUCCUCACAACAACUCGGGAGUGUUAUUGCCCAUUUUACACAUGAGGCAACUGGACUCUAUGGUUAAGUAACUUGACCAAGGUCAAUGUCCUUGUCCAAGGUCAUGCAGGUAUUAGGGGCAGAGUUUGUCCCAAUCCAAAGCCGGUGCUAAAAGUACUGAAGGGAAACAGACUCAGAGAAAGAAGCUAAUUUGCCCAAGGUGACAGAUUUCUUAAGGAGUAGUGCCGGAAUUAAAAUGCAGGUCAGAAAUCCCCAAGUCCAGCACGGUUCAGUUGUACCACUUGCACCAUGCUGCCUGCCCAAGAACCUGUGGUGUGUGGCUCGUUCAUUUUGAUCCAGGGAGAUGUCAAGGACAAAGGCUAUUCUACUUUUUGGAUUUUGGUCUUCUCUCUAGCUGUCUGUAUUCCCUUGGCUGAUCUUUCUCUAAUCACACCUCUCCCUUUGUCUGCCAGUACCUCUUACCACCCCCACCUCCCAGUUUCCGGAUUCAGUUCUUUUCUCUUCUCUGAGUUUGGGGACAACUAGGUUUCUAGUGAUCCAUGAAGUACCUGGGAGAAGAAUGAGCAGCCGACUCUGUCCCCAUCCGUCCAAUCUCACCACCUUCUUUCAGCUUUAGAAACGAUAGUUUUCUGAAUCCCCAGAUGGGGAAUGAAGGCCCUUGAGAGAAAAAUGCUAUAAAUCCUAGCUCUGAGAACACAGAUAUUUUAGCCUAGAGGCCCCUGACAAUUUCUGGAGAGAGUGAGGCCUGCCCAGGACAAGAUGAGCCCCAGGACUCUGGACAGGAUGGGGCAAGGAAUCAGGAACUUUCCUCCACCUCUAUUCCCACCCAUCUACCCCCUUCCCAAAUCCACCUUGGAAGGCCUCCAGCAGAUAGUCACCCUACACGCCUGACCAGGACUUAGCUCAAGCUUUUUACUCACAUCUUACUACCUAAGGGGAGAGAAAGAGAAAAUACUCAUAAGCAAAAGAGAAUGGGAAAGGAAAAGUAUAAAUAGGAGACAAAGUUUCUACUCAAGAGCUGAAUCCUUCACUAAACUUUUGUGAAAAUUUAAACCUAAUUAAAUAUUUUUAUAAAAAUGAAACUUUGC